GUAAAAAGUCGGCCUGUAGCCUUUUAAACAGGAACAAUUCUCCGUCCACCGACCACCGUCCGGUGACCCGGGGCCGACGUCUGGGGACCGCGCGGGGCGCAAGUGGCAGGGACCCGAGGUCGGAGCGGCCUGAGCCAUCCCCAGGCGUUCUCUGUCCUUGCUGCGACGGAGCAGAGGGUGUGGACUGGGGAUGGUCUUCGGUCUGGGGGCGGCCCAGAGGAAGGCAGAAACUCCCGCUGUGACUGCUUUUCUAGGAAACGAAAGUGAAAGGGGUAGGGUUAACUUCCCGCAGGAGCCGCGGCCUCGCAGUCGGGGACGGCGGAGCCCAGGAUGGCUGCGUCCCGCAACUUCUCGCUGCUGGUUGAGGGGUCCUGGGGCCCUGACCCUCCCAAGAACCUGGGCACCAAGCUGCAGCUGUACUUCCAGAGCGCCAAGCGAUCCGGAGUCGGGAGCGAGUGUGAGGUCCGCAGAGACCCCACAAGCCCGGCGCGCUUCAUAGUGUUCUUCUCCGAGGACGUUCAGCAGAAAGUCCUGCAAAAAACAAAUCACGAGUUAAUCUUGCCAGGAAAAGGAACAUUCCAGUUAACUAUCAAGCUGCCCACCACUCCAGAUGAAGUCCCAGUCUCUAAGAAGAAAAUUUCAAGAAAUGAAUCCAAGAUGAAAGAAGAUGUCAAAGAACCAGUAUCAGUUGUGUCAGAAGAACCGGAUACAGAACUCUCUCCAAAUAGUAGAUCAGAAAAGACGGAAGAUACCCCAAAAGAAUGUGAAAAUGCUUCCUGUUUGGUGGCAUUUGAAAACAUAAAGACAAAUGUGACUGAGAUGAUGUUAACCUUGUUAGUAGAGAAUGUCAGUGGCCUGACCACUGAUGACUUUCAGGUGGAAAUAAUACGAGAUGUUGAUGUUGCUGUGAUUACCUUUAAAAACCAUACAGACACUGCAAAAUUUGUUAAUGAUUGUGCCAGACACCAUACAAUUCAACAACUUAAAUUGUCUCCAAGAGUUCUGGAAGAGACAAAAACAAUACGGGUUGAAAACCUGCCCCCUGGUGUUGAUGACUACCAGUUACAACUUUUCUUUGAAAAUCCUUUCCAUGGAGGUGGAAGAGUGGCUCAUGUUGAAUGUUUUCCUGAAGAGAGUUCAGCUCUAAUAGAAUUCUGUAACACAAAAGUGCUGGAUAGCAUCCUGACCAGGAAACACAGCUUCAAUAAGAUGCCGCUCUCUGUCUUCCCCUUCUAUCCCUCUUUGGGCACAGCCUUGUAUGGAGAGGAACAGCCUGUUAUCAAGCUGCCAGCACCCUUCCAAGAGUCCCUGCCACUGCCUUUGUGGAAGUUCUUUCAGGAAAAGACCCACUUGAGUAAGGAGCUGGACGAUGAAAUGGAACGUCAUCACUGUAAGCUAACAUGGUCCCCAGUGGACAGUAGAGUUACCAUCAGACCUGCAGCCACCUUAGUCAAUCAAGGAAGACGAAGAAUCAAGACAUGGCAGAAAGAUGCUUCUACUGUGCUCUCUGGCAUCAGGGAUAAAUAUGCAGUUACUUCAUUUAAGGUGACUCCAGUAGUAUGGGGCGCCAUAAAAAAUGACCUACAGGAUAAUAGGAUCUUGACUGAGUUUGAUGCGUCUAAGGAGACUGUAACCUUAGCAGGAAAGUCAGAAGAUAUCCAAAAUGCUAGUCCACAAAUCAAGGAAUUAAUAGAAAGGACAACUCAAAAAAUUCAAAAGGAAGAGCAGAGUCUGCAGGAAAAUGUGGCCAUUUCUUCAGAAAAGUAUUUUCUCUUGUGCCACAGUGGUGCUUUGGAGCAUGUGCUCAUCGCGUGCCCAGAGGUGGACAUCUGUUAUGAUGCCAGCACACAGAACCUGUGCCUUAAAGGAUCCCCCGCAGAUGUAUACAAAGGAAAGUGUGAAAUCCAGGCAAAAUUGUUCACUAUGGCUAAGAAAACCGUUAAGGUCUCUACUGAAGUCUUUGAGUUUUUGCAGCAAGUAAACCCGGAGGAAUUCUCUGAAUCUUUUUUCAUAGCACAAAAAAAUCUUACAGUUUAUGAGCUCAAGGAUACAAAUGUCCUCUUAACUAGCUACUCUUCUGAAGUCCUAGAGGAAGCUGAAAAACAGUUGCUCACAGCCUUAGAUUAUAAACGCAUUGAAGUUGAGGACAAGGAAGUUCUGGCUACCAUCAAAUGGAAAAAGUUCAUUAACAAUGUCCCCCAAAAAUCUAAGUCCACAAGCAUUAUGGUAAUCAAUGAGUCAACUGCAGGGAGAACAGUUGAAGUCAUUGUAGCAGGUGUGGUGAAGGAAGUAAAUGAGAUAAGUAAGUUGAUUUCUGAUUUCUUGGAAAAAAACAUGAAAAUAGAGAGACUGAUUGAAGUACAGAUAGCCAUGGUUGUCAACUACUUAAAAGCAGAAAAGAAGCUAUUAUUGUCAAAAUUAAAGAAGGGAGAUAUACAGGUAGUUUUUAAUCCAGAGAACAAACAAAAAGGUAUUUUACUAAUUGGCUCCAAGCACCAAGUUUCAGAGGGUAUGAAAAUAGUCAACGAAGCCGUGAAGUCUGUUUUUGUAAAAAAAGUUGCUAUUGACAAGCCAGGAAUCAGACAGUUCUUCCAAGACAAAGCGUGGUUUUGUAGAGGUGAGAUCAGGAAGUCUUAUGGUUGCUUCAUUGAAAUUCUGAAAGAAGAAGACAAGGUAAGAGGCAAAAGUGAUAGGCCAAAGUGCCUCAUCCAGAGGGAGGUGGCCCCUGGCGUCAUCCUGACGGCCCAGCAGGGUGACUUGACUCAGUUUUCUGUUGGUGUGGUGGUGAAUGCAGCAAAUGAGGACCUCAAGCAUUGGGCCGGCCUAGCUGCUGCCCUCUCCGAAGCAGCUGGCCCAGAGCUCCAAGAAGACUGUGAGCGGAUAGUGAAGAGAGAAGGCCGGAUCCUCCCAGGCAAUGCCGUCCUCUCAAAGGCAGGGAAGCUGCCUUGCCACCAUGUGAUCCAUGCUAUAGGGCCCCGGUGGGUUGGAGAUGAGGCCCCGAGAUGUGUGUACCUGUUAAAGAAAGCUGUGGAAAAUAGUAUUCUUUUAGCAGAAAAGCACAAGUGCCGCUCCAUAGCCAUUCCCGCCAUUAGUUCUGGAGUCUUUGGUUUCCCCUUACAGCAGUGUGUGGAGUCUAUUGUUCUGUCCAUCAAGGAAAACUUCCAACAUAGGCAGGAUUUGUGCACCUUGAGAGAGAUUUAUCUUGUGGACUCAUCAGAGAAGACAGCACAGGCUUUUGCUAAAGCUGUGGAAACUGUAUUUAAACACCCUCUGCCCAGCAAAGUGUCCCAGCCUGAUACAGCAUCCCAGCCAGACACAACUUCUCUGUACACAGUACUAGCAGCAAAACCUGUGACAAAAUCAGAGGAAGUGGCAUGUCUGAAAGCUCCAGGAGGCCUGAAGAUCCUACUGGUGAAAAAGAGUGUGCAGGAUGCUACGACCCAUGUUGUUGUCAACUCCAUUCCUUCGGAUCUUGCGCUCAGCAAUGGGCCCCUUUGUCAGGCCCUUUUGGAAAAAGCUGGGCCAGAGCUCCAGCAGGAGUUGAACAUAGCCGGACAAGGGGCAAAUGUCACCGUGGGCACAAUUCUCCAAACUAGCGGUUGCAAUCUGCAGUGUGACCAUGUGCUUCAUGUGGUGGCUCCAUCAUGGAGGAGCAACAGUGCAGGUGCCCAAAAGGUCAUGGAAGGCAUAAUCAGAGACUGUUUGGAGAUGACAGAGACACUGUCUUUGCAAUCAAUUGCAUUUCCAGCCAUUGGAACAGGAAAUUUGGGAUUCCCUAAGGACGUAUUUGCCAAAUUAAUACUUUCAGAAGUGGUGAAAUUUAGUAGCAAAAAGCAGCUGAAAACCUUACAAGAGGUUCACUUUCUGCUGCACCCCAGUGAUCAUGAAAAUAUUCAGGCAUUUUCAGAUGAAUUUGCUAGAAGAACAAGUGGAAAUGUUAGUGGCCAAACUCCCAAGGCUGCAGAUAAGCAAGUUUUCUACGGGACUAUUUCUAGCCCUCAUUUAGGAGUGCAUGAAAUGAAGAUUGGCCACAUCCUCUUCCAAGUGGCUUCUGGAGACAUCACCAAAGAAGCUGCAGAUGUGAUUGUAAAUUCAACAUCAAACACAUUUAAUCUUAAGUCAGGGGUCUCCAAAGCAAUUUUAGAACAUGCAGGACCGGAAGUGGAAGUGGAAUGUGCUCUCCAAAGUCAACAAGGCAAACAUGAGUAUAUAAUUACUAAAGGUGGAUUACUGAUGUGUAAGAACAUUAUUCAUGUUGUUGGUGGAAAUGAUAUCAAGAGAUCAGUUACCUGUAUUCUGCAAGAAACUGAGAAACUGAAAUACUCAUCCAUUUGCCUCCCAGCAAUUGGGACAGGAAAUGCUAGACAAGACCAAUAUAAGGUUGCUGAAGGUAUACUUGAUGCCAUUGAAGACUUUAUCCAGAAAGGAUCAGUCCAGUAUGUGAAAAAAGUUAAAGUUGUUAUCUUUCAACCCCAAAUACUGGAUGUAUUUUAUGACAGCAUGAAAAAAAGAGAAGGGUCUCAGGCUUCUGAGCAACCAUCGGUGAUGUCUAAACUGAGCUCCUUUUUUGGUCUUUCAAAACCUCGCAUACAAAAGAAGCCCUUGGUUUUGGAAAAGAAAGUAGAACUGGCAGUCUUCCAGGUGUGUGGUGAAAACCAGACUUCUGUGGACCAAGCUAUCACCUGGCUAAAGAACCUGAUUAAAAAGGAGCAGUGUUCUUACAACAAUACAGAUGAGUGUCUGAGAGAUUUUGAUGAAAAGGAAUAUAACAAACUGAAUGAGCUGCAGAAGACGUUAAAUAUCACCAUUUCUCUGGACCGGAAGAAACCUUCCAUGGAGGUUUUGGGAAUUAGCAGAGAUGUGAUGGAGGCUAGAGAUAAAAUUGAAGAAAUGAUCAAGAAGGUGAGAUGGGCCAAAGAAGAAGAAAACAGGGCGGACUGUAUUAGUGAAUUUAUAGAAUGGCAAUAUGGUGAUGGAAACACUUUUCGUCGUUUUGACAAAAUGACCAAUCUGCAAUUGGAAGAUGCCAGGAAAGCAAAGAAAACCCUCACCGUUAUUAACAUCAAUAGUCAAAGCUACACAGUAAAUGUGAAAGCCUGCACAGCCACGGGCGCGGGAGGAGCCAAUGUAAUUCUUCAGCGCAUCAAAAAAUCGGAAGUUGACUUCCCCGGGUACUGGAGUGACAUGAAACAGCAGAAUCUCUGUGUGGUCAUGCUGCAGCCUGGUGAUAAGGAAUUCAAGACUGUGGCAGAAACGUUUACUAAGACUUGCCCGAAUUUUGUCAUUGAGAAGAUUGAAAGGAUCCAGAAUUCAGAUCUCUGGAAUAGCUACCAGGCAAAGAAAAAAACCAUGGAUGCCAAGAACGGCCAGCACAUCAACGAGAAGCUGCUCUUCCAUGGGACAGAUGCUGACUCACUGCCCCACGUGAACAGGAAUGGGUUUAACCGGAGUUAUGCUGGAAAGAAUGCUGUGGCAUAUGGAAAGGGAACCUAUUUUGCUGUCAAUGCCAAUUAUUCUGCACAAGACACAUACUCCAGACCAGAUGCACAAGGGAAAAAGCAUAUGUAUUAUGUGCGAGUACUCACUGGAAUAUACACAACUGGAAAUAGCACACUAAUUGUGCCUCCUUCAAAGAACCCUCAAAAUCCUACUGAUCUGUAUGACACAGUCACAGACAAUACGAACAACCCAAGUAUAUUUGUGGUAUUUUAUGACUACCAAGCAUACCCAGAAUACCUCAUUACUUUUAGACGUUAACAUUUUGGUUUCCUUCCUGAGAGACAUCUUAUAUAGCCUGUUGUAAAACAAGUUUCACACCUCCCCCCAACUACUGAAAAUUUUUUCUAAGAUCAGCUCCUUUUUAUUCUUUUUCUCCCUCAUCCUUCCUUGCCUUGUUGGGAAUCAAAACCAAGGCCUGGUGUCUGUAACCAAGCACUCCACCACUGAGCUACACCCUCAGCCCCAAAGAGCCUUUUUUGUCACCAAAAUCAGGCUCCUCCUUGCUUCUCUUUCACGAUGGAGAUGAACCUAUUCUGAGGACAAAAAAAUUUUGAGAAUUUAAAUGAGAGAAGUUACAACUGUGUUUCCACACAUGCAUGCACGGACAUCAAAUCUGUGGGACAAGAGCAGGUGUAUAUCUUCAGGAAGGACAGAACCACAGUCCUGUGCUGGGGAUGUAGCUCAGCAGCACAGCACCUGCCAGGCAAGGGCAAAGUCCUGAAUUCAUUUCCCAGUACAAAGGAAAAGCAAUAGCCCUACAGGCAGGAGGGACACGUCACGCAGUUGUAGCUACUGCUGACACAAGUGACGGCUGGAAUCAUCACAGGAUGGCCUCGUGCUGCAGGGAGCAUGAACACCAUGGCUGCCAUCUUCCUGAACAAGGAUGGGUCUGACUUAUGCUUUUGUCCUCGUGUUGAGGUCUGUGCUUGUGACGGGGAUAUUCCAUAAGUGUCUGAUAAGUUAGUUAAGAAUGCAACAGCCUGGUCAGACUGCUGUUGAGUAGGAAUCCUCUCAACAUCCUUGACUUAUUUGCCUCCAGCUGAACGCACUGCAUGACGGGAACUCCUUUCUUCACAAAGCAGACUAUGUGCUAGAGCUGGACAGCUGCAACCAGGGCUCCUGGACUGCAAUGCACUCGCUCCCUGCGCAGGCUGGACCUGGAGAUCAGCUCACCGUCCCUGUGGCUUGUGUCCCCUGGAGCUGUGUGGCAGCCAGAAGGUCCUUUCUAAUGUUAAACUCAAACCUGCUUUUGUCACUGCCAAGUGAGAACAAUGGGGCAAUGAAUGCUACCCCUUCCAUGGACACCUACUAGUGCUAUGAUUAAUGGACUCUAAGGUUAUUAAAUAGCUUAUUUCUGAAAAGUUAGAAGAGGAAAGAGAAAAACCGUUGUUGUAAUCCAACAUGGACAAUGUAUCUAUUAACCAUCAUUUUAAAAAAAUAAAGCGAGUAAUUUCCAAAAAAUCACAGAAUUCCACAAACUUUUAAAACCUUGUGCAUAAAUAAACCAAAGGAAUUAAAAGCAGUCAUAUAGCUAAUCUGCUAAUUCAAUAAAGCUAUUUUAUUCGUACUCAGGUAAAUUUCAGGUUUAGACAUGACUUACUGAGGACCUAGACUGUGCCAUUACACACUACACACACACAGUCCUGUUA